UCAGUCACGUGAUCCGCAGGCCGGAACCCGUCAGGCUUUCGUCAUAGGCUAAAGCGGCGACUCUCUUCAUUUGGUAUUGAAUUCAAGCCUGUCGACGAAAGGGAGCAGCUGAAUUGCUAGCAAUCCAUAGAGGUAAAUCUUCGACGAUUGCACUUUGACUAUAGAUACGUGACAAAAGAUGGUCAGACCACAUUUUGGACCACCACGCAUAAAGCCCAGCAGAUCUUAUGGAGAUGGUCAUGGCAGUGGGCCAAGAGAAGAAAAUUACUCCCCUAACUCAAAAACAAGAAGAGACACCCAUGGCCACCCGGGAAAGCCCAAUGUUAACUGGAGAGAGUCGAGGGGUCGAGGUCGACCCCCUUCUGACAGAAGAGUUCCACUGAUGGAAGACAGAGAGCCACGUUUCAAUAACUGGAGGGCACACAAUCAGGAUUCCUAUCGAUCCUUUCCUCCCAAAAUGGAACCGCCUCACAGCCACAGGAGACCACCAUCCUCCAGACCAAACCGCUCUCCUCAUGCCCAGCAUCCGUCAUCAUCCCGCAGUCCUGCACGAGGGUCCCCGGGUCAUAGGGGCCCUCCUCCCCUUGGCCACUCCUCAGCUCACAGGUCACCCUCCCCGAGACAUUUUCGUGGCCAUCCCGGUGAAAAGAGACCUGGCCCUGCACCAGCCUUUCAGGGUUCUUUCAGGGACCCUAAAAGACAGCCUGGUUUCCCCCACCAGGAGCAAAGGUAUCGCGGUCCCCGUGUGGAUGUCAGUCCAAGAGAGAGGUCCUUUGUGGACUCUGGUCACGGCAAGAAGCGAUGGAACGACACCGCAGCAUUCUCUCAGCCAUACAACUGCAAACAUGGGCCUCCGGGGCCUCAGCGGAGCCCAAGAGAGAUGCAUGGGAGAGGCUCGUGUCCAGAGAGGUGGUCAUCUGAGCAAGACUCCAGAAGGCAGCGUGGUCCCAUGGAGAGGCAGGGCGGCAGACCCUACAGCAUGGAGAGUGCAAAAGAUGUCCCUCGCAUGCCCCUUUUCAGACCCCCACCUUGGAAAGGAGGCCCACACCCAUCAUCGUCCUUCCACAGGAGUCCCCAGGACAGGGAACUGACAGGCCCCCGCAAGAGGAGACUAUCAGACGCCAGCAUGUCCUCAUUCAGCCCGGCACAGGAUCACAGUGGACCCAAAUACCCCAGGAGAGAGAGAAUUUCACUCCUCAGUAUUCCAAGGCCAUUUGGUGGUAGACCUUUAUCACUUAGGGAUAAAAGUUUCAUAUUUAAAGGCAGACAAAUGAGGUUUGAGUCUCCCAUGAGACUCAGAAUUCCUCCACGCUUUAGACCCAGGCUGCCCCUGGGUGACAUUCCCCCUCGGGGACCUCCCAGCUCUGUUCUUGCUAUCAGGAAGAAACGCUUCCAGUCUAAUCCGGUUCUCCUGAAAAGGCUGCAACCAAAGGACACAAGAGCUCAACAGUCCCCCAGCAGAGAUGAUGAAGCAAGCAGGUCCCUGCAAGAGACUAAUACCAGAAAAGAACAGGUGGAGUCUCGUCGCUCCUUGAAUGCACACAGAUCUUCCCCCAUCGAGAAACGUGACCUUGUGGUUUUGUCUCACUGGGCAGCUGGCCCAAGCACGUCCAAGGACGACUCUCCUGCGAAAGACCGUAGCCCAAAGUCAAAAACGGACCUCAGUCCAGACACGUCUCUGAACAGCCGACCGGCGAAAGCUGAAUCAAAGUCGCAAUCGCCGGACAGAAAACGAGGAUAUUUGGAAAGAAGAACAUUCAGGCCAGUUAAUUUAAUGCCAGACAGGCCCUUCAGACGACCUGGACCCAUGCAGAGACCAAGGUUUCCGGGGCCGAGGAGGCCUGGCCCUGAGCAAUCUGUGAAUUUUAGAAGGCCACUCAUGGAGAACUUGGUGCCACGCCCCUUCCCAAACCAUAAGCCAGUGUUCCGAAAAAGUCACAGUAUCAUGUCCAAGUACCGCAAUAUGAGAGUGAUGCGACAGCGUGCUCCUUACAAUCGAGGACCUCAUCACCGCUGGUGACUGCCUCAGGUCCUGUUACUGGAGACACUGGAAAAAGUCACCAAUGAUGUUGUAUCGGCAAUGCACUCCACUUAUUUAACAAAGCCUUGUAGAAUAUAGUGCUUUUUUUUCCUGUGUAAGAUUUUGUCAUCUCACAAUUAUUACAGUAAAAAAUAAAUCACAUAUUCAGGUUUAUAUCUCACUGUAUUUUUUUGUUGUUGUAUAAUAUAACAUGUCUUGUUAUGAGAAAUUUGGAGUGUAUUUCCCAGAAAAAUACAGCUUUUCAAAAGACACUUUGCUCCCCCUCUUGUAGAUAUAGUACUGACUCGACACAAAUGCAUUUGUUUCCUUUCAGAAUAUUUUCUGUGGCAUUAUGUUGUCUGUAUUACAACUCUUAACUCAGAAUAUGUGGUGUACUCCAUCUUGAGCACUGAAGAUGACCUUGUUCUGUUAAUUCACCCUUUUUGAGAUUUUGAAUAAAAUCUGGCCUAGCAUCAAAUCA